AUGAAAACAUCAAGUACUCUUCCAAAGUCAACAGAUUCUACCCUAACACUAUCACCUAUGAUGCCACCCUUGUCACCAGAUGCUACCCCAACAAAGUCACCUAUGAUGCCACUCUUGUCACCAGAUGCUACCCCAACACUGUCACCUAUGAUGCCACCCUUGUCACCAUAUGCUACCCCAACAAAGUCACCUGUGAUGCCACCCUUGUCACCAGAUGCUAUCCCAACAAAGUCACCUGUGAUGCCACCCUUGUCACCAGAUGCUACCCCAACAAAGUCACCUGUGAUGCCACCCUUGUCACCAGAUGCUACCCCAACAAAGUCACCUGUGAUGCCUAUGCUGUUACCAGAUGCUACCCCAACAAAGUCACCUGUGAUGCCUAUACUGUCACCAAAUUCUACUGCAACAAAGUCACCUGUGAUGCCUAUACUGUCACCAAAUUCUACUGCAACAAAGUCACCUGUGAUGCCUAUACUGUCACCAGAUACUACCCCAACAAAGUCACCUGUGAUGCCUAUACUGUCACCAUAUUCUACCCCAACAAAGUCAUCUGUGAUGCCACCCUUGUCACCAACAGUUGAGACUGAUGGUGAAGAAGAUGAUGCUGGUGGACUCCUUCUUGUUUUACCUUCUGUAUUUGUUUGGGAAAGCUGUCACGGAUUACCCUUGCACAUGACCAGAAACUUCGACCUCGCCAAGCAAAUCGAUGUCGUCAACAUAUUUCUACGUUAUUUAACAAGCAAUUCAAGUAUAUCCAUCACUUCGGGGGAAACGGUUGGAAAGUGUCCGUGGAAAUACGUCAUUAAUGAUGAUGUCAAUCGUUUUCCAGUGUCCAUCAUGGAAGCCAAAUUUACCUCAAACGACAACAAUAACCGAUGUUUAGGCGCUCCAGCCACCAGUGAAACGGACUAUUUUUGUGACUAUAUUUAUAAAACUGUGGAUGUUCUCAAGAAAACAUGUAUAUUUUGCCCAUUCCAGAAGAAAACGAUCAAUGUGAGUGUAGGAGCCAAAUGUUCCAAAUACAACGGUUGA